ACCUUCUGCUGACUACUCCAACAUCACCACCACCCACUUUCACUCAUUUUAUCAAUAAUACAAAAAAAAAAAAAAAACACACAUGAUUGUUGUUGUUUUUUUAUUUAAAGGUCAAAGAUAAAUAUAUUUAUUUUUAACAAAUUGUUCACAAGUUUCAACAGUGAUUUUUUAUUUAUUUUUAUUUAUUAUUAUUAUUAAAUAUUAAUAAUAAUAUUAUUGUUAUUGAGAGCAGUGACACUUACGUGUACAAUCACAACACAUGCUUUGUUUCACAUUGUUUGUAAUUUAGUGUGUCACAAAAUUUUUGUCAAAUAAAAAAAAGAGUAAAAUAGUCGCAUUGCAGUUAAAAUAAUUUAAUCAAUUUACAAAUACUUGUUAACAUUGUUAAUUAACUGAUUUAAACAAAAAUGGAAAUGGAAAUGGUUAAAUUUACAAAAUUAAAAACAACAAUUGAUCCAAAUUUUUGGGCAAAAUUUGCUGAAUUAAAAUUAGAUAAAUAUAAACUUGAAGAAAAAACUGAAAUAUCAAUUUGGGGUAGUUAUAAUAUUGAUAAUAAUAAUGAAAAAAGAACAACACCAUUGCUUCUUGACUGUACAUCAUUUAAUGAGAAUGUUGAUACAACAUCACAUAAUGGAGGUGUUGCAUGUUCUGGUAUACUGAUAAACACAAAUACAUUUGAAUCAUUUCGUCAAACACAUCCAGAAAAAUUUAUUGAUAUGAUUGGUAAACAUCUGUUGGAAGCAAUAACAAAUGGUACAGCAUUAAAUGAGCCAUGGAGAUUAACAUUAUUUUUAGUAUUAUCAUAUGCUGAUUUAAAAAAAUAUAGAUUUCAUUAUUGGGCUGCAUAUCCAACACCAUUUAAUUUACCAGAAAUGUAUUAUCAAUGUCCAGCUAAAAAAAUUAAACAUGUUUUAAAUGAUGAUAUUAUUGAUGAAUUAAAAAUUAAAUUUCAACAACUUGAUUGUUGUUUAAAAGCUUUUUUUACAUUAAUUAUAACAUCUGAUGAUGAUGAUGCUGUUGAUGCUGUUGAUGAAAAAAUUAAAAUUAUCAGUUUAGCUGAUGGUGUUGAUUAUGUUGUUAAUAAAAAACAUGAUGAAUCAAAAAAUGCUAAUAUUUAUUUUGCAUUUUAUGAUCCAUGUGAUGGUUCAGAGCCUGGUUGGCCACUUCGUAAUUUAUUAUGUUUAUUAUUUUGGUCAUGUACUGAUUAUGCAUUUGACGAGACAAUAAAUAUAUUAUCAGUGAGAGGAAAAAAUAUUGAAUCAUCAAUGUUUUAUACAAUUAAAGCUAAAGAAUGUUUAAAUAAAGAAUCAAUGAAAAAUGAUAUAUUUGAAGGACGUUUAGUUGGUUGGGAAACAAAUGCAAAUGGUAAAAUGGGACCAAAUAUUGCUGAUUUAUCAGAAACAAUGGAUCCAACUGGUAUGGCUGAACGUGCUGUUGAUUUUAAUUUAAAACUUAUGAAAUGGAGAUUAGUACCAGAUUUAGAUUUAGAUAAAAUAUCAAAAUUACGAUGUUUAUUACUUGGUGCUGGUACACUUGGUUGUUCAGUUGCACGUGUAUUAAUUGGUUGGGGAAUAAAAACAAUAACAUUUGUUGAUAAUUCAACAGUAUCAUUUAGUAAUACAGUUAGACAAAGUUUAUAUACACAUGAUGAUGCUGUUGAACGUAAAUUAAAAGCACAUGCUGCUAAAGAAGCACUACUUCGUAUAUCACCAUCAUUUAAUGUUGAUGGUGUUGUGUUACAUAUACCAAUGCCAGGACAUGUUGUUGGUCAAAGUAUGUUAAAUUCAACAAAACAAGCUGUUGAAAAACUUGAAAAUUUAAUUGACAAUCAUGAUGUUAUAUUUCUAUUACUUGAUUCACGUGAAGCAAGAUGGUUACCAACAUUAUUAUGUGCUGCUAAAAAUAAAAUAGCUAUGAAUGCAGCACUUGGUUUUGAUUCAUAUACUGUACAACGUCAUGGUACACGUAAAACAAUAACAGCAAGUUCACCAGAUUUAACUGAAUAUUGUCCAUCAGGAAAAGAUCUUGGUUGUUAUUUUUGUAAUGAUGUAACACAACCAGGAAAUAGUCAAGUUGAUAGAACAUUGGAUCAACAGUGUACUGUUAGUAGACCUGGUUUAUCAUCAAUUGCUGCUGGUCUUGUUGUUGAAUUAAUGAUUGCAAUAACACAACACUCAAAAGGAAUAAAUGCAAAUGCAUUUAUGGAUGAUUCAAGAAAUCAAAAUAAAUCAAGUGAACGUGAAUUAUCAGAGGGUUUAUUGGGUGCAGUACCACAUACUAUUCGUGGAUCAAUUUGGAAUCAUGAAAUGAGAUUAACAAUAACACAUAGAUUUCCUUCUUGUACUGCAUGCUCAGUACCACUUAUCAAUGAAUAUAAAAAAAGAGGAUUUGAAUUUAUUCUUGAUGCAUGUAAUCAGCCAAAUUAUCUUGAAAAAAUUGCUGGAUUAGAGGAUCUUCUUAAACGACCUGAUCUUGAUGAGCUUUGUUAUGCAAUUGAUACAUCGAGCGAUGAAGAUGACGCUGAUUUAACAAAAAUAUAAAAAAGAAAUUGUUUAUUUUAAUGCUCAAGUUUUGAUUAUUAAAAUAUUUAUUUUGAAAAUUAAAUUAUUAACAAAAUGACAAAGAAAGUUAUGGAAAAUAAAAAAAAAAAAAGUACAAAGCACUUAAAUUAGUUUAGGCUUAUAAUUGUUUGUUUUUUUUUUUAGAUGAAAAAUAUUCGAAAAAUGUUUUGAAAGAUGUUUUUACUAAAUUUAAAAUGCUUAAUAAAUUAUUAUUCAAAAAAUAUAUUUAUGCUAAUUUAUGUUGUAAAAAUACUUGAGUCAAUUAGACUAGCUAUUUUAUGUUUUUUUUUUUUUUUGUUUUUCGUUGUGUAAUUUAUUAUUAUUGACAUAGAAAUACAAAAAAAUUUAUUCAAA